AUGGGGCUGCUGAAUAUCCUGAAGAAGAUGAAGAAGGAUGACAAGGAAGCUCGGAUCCUGGUCUUAGGCCUCGACAACGCCGGGAAGACUACGAUCCUCAAGAAGUUGUCGGAGGAAGAUAUCUCGCACAUCAUGCCGACGCAGGGAGAGCUUUUUCAAACAGAAGCUGUUCGCUGGUGUCAGGGCUUCAACAUCAAGAGCAUCAUGCAAGAUGGAUUCAAGCUGAACGUCUGGGACAUCGGCGGCCAGAAGGCGAUCCGGCCUUACUGGAGCAACUACUUCGAGAACACCGACGCGCUAGUCGGGAGCUUGGGGCGGAAAUAG